AUGUACUACUCGGAGUCCAUUGGCAUUGAGAGCGCGCGGCCGCAGAACGAGUUUUGGAGCCUCGAGGUGUCCGACCUCGGCAACCAGAAAUGGAAGUACGGCCCGGUGCGGCCGGGCGUGGUGGAGUCGCAUCUUCUCCAGCCCAAUAAGCCUCAACCGUACGGCAAGUACUCGCUGGACCAGGCGAUCGAACUGGCGGCGCUCAACUUCUCCACCGUGCAGCACGAGUCUGGAACGUGGCCCAACCAGUAUAAAGGCCCGAUGUUCAUGACAAUUGGCUACGUUGCGUCGUCGUACUUCACCAAGACCCCGAUUCCAGGUCACGUGGUUUCCGAGCUGAUCAGGUACAUAGUCAACAGCUCGCACCCUGUGGACGGCGGAUGGGGAUUACAUGAGACGGACAAGUCGACGUGUUUUGGAACAACUAUAAAUUACGUGAUAUUGCGGCUUUUAGGGCUGUCCAAAGACCAUCCCGUUUGUGUUAAGGCUCGCAAGACCCUGUUGGAUAUGGGCGGCGCCGUGGGUAACCCGCAUUGGGGUAAGAUCUGGCUGUCUGUUUUGAAUCUGUACAAGUGGGAAGGAGUGAACCCUGCGCCAAGCGAGCUGUUUGCUCUGCCGUAUUGGCUGCCUAUCCAUCCAAUGAAAUGGUGGGUCCAUACCCGUGGAAUCUAUGCUCCUGUCGCGUAUCUGUACACCCGCAAGGCAUCGUGCGAGCUGGACCCGUUGUUGGAACAGAUCAGAGAGGAGAUUUAUUUGCAACCGUUUGAAAAGAUCGAUUUUGCAGCAUGCAGAAAUAAAGUCUGUGGAAUCGACCUAUAUUAUCCGCACACAACUCUGUUGAACGUGGCCAAUUGGGCCAUGGUCAAGUACGACCAGUGGAGACCGCAGUUUGUGGCCAACUGGUUCAACAAAUUCGCUUACAACCUGGUGUUGAAAGAGCUCGAGAACACAGAAAAUCUUUCCAUUGCCCCCGUCAACGGCGCAUUCAACAGCAUAGCUGUGUUUCUGGAAGAAGGCCGCAGCGAGCGGUUCAAAGUGGUUGUCGAGCGCAUGCACGAGGAACUGUUUUUGGGUCCAAUGGGUCUCACCAUGAUGGGCACGAACGGGUCGCAGGUCUGGGAUAGCGCGUUUGCUGUUCAGUGUUUCCACGUUUCGGAGGUGGAUCAGUUCGGAUUGGUGAAAAACGCCCACGAUAGGGCCGUCUCCUUCUUGUUGCGGUCCCAGUUCGACACCGAAUGCGUUAGGGGCUCGUACCGGGACUCGCGUGUUGGUGGCUGGCCGUUCUCGACAAAGGACCAAGGAUAUACCGUCAGCGACUGCACUGCAGAAGCCAUGAAGGCCGUCUUGAUGGCUCAUCCGAACGACACACAAUUGAUCCAGAAACUGCACAAAACAGUCGACCUGCUGCUGAGUCUGCAGAACGUGGAUUGGUCGUCGAAGCUGAGAGCGUAUUACGGAUCGUUUGCCUCGUACGAGAAAGUCAAGGCCACGCCAUUGCUCGAGCUGCUGAAUCCAGCAGAAGUGUUUGGCAACAUCAUGGUGGAGUACCCGUACGUGGAAUGCACCGACUCGAGCAUCCUGGGACUGGUUUAUUUCCAGAAACACAGCGACUACCGGUCCGAAGAUAUCAAAUUGGCCAUUGACAACGCUCUGCAGUUCCUGGCGAAAGCGCAAAACCCGGACGGCUCCUGGUACGGCUGCUGGGGGAUAUGCUAUACAUAUUCCGGGAUGUUUGCACUCGAGGCGUUCGCAGAGACGGGCCACAAAUAUGGGAACAGCGAGAUUGUGCGCAAAGGGUGUCACUUUUUGGUCGACAGGCAAUUGAAAGACGGCGGCUGGGGAGAGUCCAUGAAAUCGUGCGAAACGCACACGUACGUGUCGACUUUGCAGGCCAACGUUGUGCAGACCGCAUGGGCAUUAAUUGGUCUGCUUCUUGCCGAGUAUCCAGAUCUUGUUGUCAUUGAAAAAGGCGUUCGGCUGCUGCUAAGCAGACAAACCAAAGAAGGCGACUGGGCAAUGGAAGGUGUCGAGGGUGUGUUCAACCACUCGUGUUCUAUCGAGUAUCCGAACUACCGGUACAUUUUCCCUAUCAAAGCUUUGGGAUUGUACCGAAGACGACUGAAAUCGCAGGGCCGAACAUGGCGCAACCUCUAG